AUGGCAGACGAAGAGGAUUAUACAAAUCUCCCGGUCGAGGAGAAAAUCGUCCAUAAAGUAUGGAAGGUCAGACAAGACGGCUACACCGCGCUUAAUGAUCAAUUUACCAAAUCGAGAGGUCCAGACGACUCAUGUUUUUCCAUAUUCAGCCAAAAGCCCGAACUCGUCAAACAGAUCGUGACCGAUUCCAAUGUCGUGGCACAAGAAACCGCUCUUCAGGCUCUCUGUCUGUUCUUUGAAUUUGGCGGUAACGGCAAUAAUGCUGCUAAAUUGAGGAACGCUGGUCUUAUAACUAGUCUAUGUGAGAAGGGUCUUUCUUCAAACAGAGCAGGAACGAAAGCAAAAGCUGUUGAUGCUCUUUUGUGGAUAGUGGAGCUUACUAAUAGCGGAGACGCCGUGAUUGAACAAAUUGUACCCUUCUUUGAUAACAGACUCCCUAAACUCGUGGCUGCUUCUGUGAAUGCAGUGUACUCAAUAAUCGAACAGUUUGGCUGCCAGGUGGCGUCUCCAAAGCCUGUCAUUCCAAAACUAGCAAAACUUUUCUCUCAUGCUGACAAAAAUGUCCGUGCUCAAGCGACUACACUCACAGUUGAAAUCUACAAGUGGAUGGGCCAGGGUCUCACGCUGGUGCUUAUGGACAGCUUGAGACCCGUGCAACAGAGGGACCUCCAAGCUGAUUUUGAAAAGGUUGCAGGAGACAAACCCACACAAGAGCGUCUCACGAAGAAGCAACAAGAAGAGUUGGCUCAGCAGAGUACGAACGAUAAUGAGGACGUUGAUAUGGAUGCAGAAAAGACACCGGAGAAUGGGGCAACGCCGGCCGAAGAGUUUGAUCCGUUUCUGAUGUUGGAGCCAGUAGAGGUGCUUCUGAAACUACCGCUGAAUUUGCACAGCUCAAUGGCUUCAGCUAAAUGGAAGGACCGUAAGGAGGCCCUUGACGAGGUUCAUGCUGUUCUUUCCAAGGCGCCAAAACUCGCCAACGACGACUAUACUGACUUGGUUCGUAUUUUUGCCAAGUGUAUGAAAGACGCCAACAUCCAGGUGGUUCAGCUAGCCGCUAACGGAAUUGAAUUUUUAUCAAAGGGUCUCAAGGAGGGUUUCCACAAGUAUCAGCAUUUGGUUGUGGGACCGAUGAUUGAGAGGAAUAAAGAGAGAAAACCAGCAGUGACGGAGGCGCUAGAUAAUGCACUUGACUCCAUCUACCAAUCGUCCUCAUUAGGCGAUGUCCUUGACGAAACGCUCAAUGGUAUGAAGCACAGAACACCCCAAGUCAAGAUUUCAGCAACCGACUACCUACGUCGUUGUUUGGCCAAUGCCACUGUUCCCCAAAACUCCCAGGAGACUAUAAGACAGGCUGCUACGGACAUGAUAGGUACAUUGAUGAAAAUCACCGGAGAGAGAGAGCUUCAGGGUUUCUUGGAAAAAGUGGACGAGAACAGAUUGGCCAAGGUCAAAGCUGCCCAUGAUAAGGCAGAGGUCAAAACCACAGCUAGUGCUGCCCUGCCGCAACGGAAACAGCCUCAGCAGCCAUCUCGUUUGGCUACAAGCUCUACCAGCAAGAUCUCUCUGGUUCCACCUCUCCGAAAGCCUACUUCAUCUCAAGCUAUUCCUUCAAAACGUGGUGCUACGUCUCCUGCGAAAAAACCCGAGACAACGAAACUUCCGUCUUCUGUGAGAAGCCUUACCGGCCGUCUGUUGGUAUCGUCUUCAACAAGGCCCACCCCCAGUGCGCCAGAGCCUGUUCAAAAAGGACCUUCUAUCGACGCCGAACAGCUUCGUGAGCUUGAAUCUCUCAGGAAGGAAAAACAGGAGCUUUUGGCACACACAAAGAGACUUGUUGAGGCGCAAAGCCAAUGGGAGAGAGAGAGGGAGCAGUGUUACGAGCAGAUGAGACAGCUUCAGGCUCAACUUGAGACGCUUCAGGACGACAAUGCCGCCAAACGUCAGGAGGUGAUUGACAAGGACGCUGAGAUCCUUCAUCACAAGAACGAAGCAGGAAAUGCAAAGCUAAAAAUCCUCAGCAUGGAACAGGUGAUUGCCAUGUUGAAGCUCAACCCAACAGGCAACCCAGACUCAUUGAUUGAAGAGAGAAGAUCCGACCCACCACAGCCGUUAUUCUCGCCCACAAGAACGGUAGAGCUUCAGGGUGAGGAAUCAAGAGGCACUAAUAAUGAGCUUAGCUCCCGUGUGGACCGUCUUUCUAUUGAUGGACAUAACGCUUCCGGCUUCCAAGAACCAAAACAAAACUACGCUAGUCCGAAACGGGCCGAGCUUACGCGCCAUACGAGCAGUUACAGCACCUCCAGUUCCAAAGAGAACGUUUCUGAGGAAGACAACUGGAAGAAGGCCGCUGAAGUCACCGCUCAAUUGAAGGCUAGAAUUGAGAAGAUGAAGCAGAGAAACAGACUCUCCUUGAACAGGCCUUAG